AUGUUUAACUGGAGAAUGCAACAAGCUCAAGAACAAAUCACCUUAUCCGCCUAUGAACGAAAGGUGACAUAUGAAAUCUUUUACGACACCAUGGAAUUCUUGGAAAAAUACAUUGAAGUGGCCAACUAUUACCCUGAUUGGUCUCGAAGAAAGCAAUUUGACGACAAUGGCGUCAAAAGAAAAAUUGAUGGCCCAGAAGACGCUGAAGAGUGCUUCUCGAUUGUUUUAUUAGGUCUUAAAAACACACUCAAGCACAAGCCACCUUUUAUGAGAGAAGAAAUAAGAGAAGAAUUUUACCGAUGGAUAAGCACUACAAAAAUUGACCUUAACAAUUGUCCUGAAAGGUUGAAAUGUAUCUUGUUUGGGUUUAAUGAAAUACUAGAAGAUAGAUGUGAAAAAUUUGACAAAGAACUAAAAAACAGUAAACAAACUCUCAACCCUAAUUCUCCUGAAUAUACCAAGGAACUAAAUCAAAUGUUUGUUAAUAUUCAAGGUCCAUUACGAAAUGAGAGGGAUGUAGCAGAAUCUCUCGCCGGCAAAAAUUAUAACGAAAUCGAUGUUGAUAAUAAAUUUUAUGGAGGUGAUGCAUGUAAAGGAAAAGAAGUUUUAAACCAAAUUGCAGAAAAUACUUCUGCUUAUUAUCAGCAGAACUUCACCUACUUUCCACAAAAUGAACAUGAAACCAUGCUUAUUGAUAGCUUUAGAUAG